UGAAAAAGAAAAGAAAUUGGCAUAAACACGAUACUGGACAGACGACAGAGGUCAAACCUGUACAGAACGGGAGCCAAGUCUUUAUAAAGGAACUUCGAAGUCGUACUUUCCCAAGUGCUGAAGAUAUAGUCGUGAAAGUGCCAGGCAGCCAACUAACAACAGAGUAUUUGGAAGAAAAUGGCUUUGCAGAGCCCAUCCUCGUCCCAAAGAAGGAUGGCCUGGGUUUGUCCGUACCUGCGCCCACCUUCUACGUCAGUGACGUGGAAAACUACGUCGGACCGGAGAGAAGUGUUGAUGUCACUGAUGUCACCAAGCAGAAAGACUGCAAGAUGAAGCUCAAGGAAUUUGUGGAUUACUACUACAGUACAAACAGGAAAAGGGUCCUCAAUGUGACCAACCUGGAGUUCUCGGACACGAGGAUGUCCAGCUUUGUAGAGCCUCCAGAUAUAGUUAAGAAGUUGUCCUGGGUGGAAAACUAUUGGCCUGAUGAUGCUCUUCUGGCCAAACCAAAAGUUACCAAGUACUGCCUGAUCUGCGUGAAGGACAGCUACACAGAUUUCCACAUAGAUUCGGGAGGAGCUUCUGCGUGGUACCAUGUGCUGAAGGGAGAAAAGAUAUUUUAUCUCAUCAAACCAGCCUCUGCAAAUAUUUCUCUUUAUGAACGCUGGCAAUCGGCAGCAAACCACAGUGAGAUGUUUUUUGCAGACCAAGUAGAUAAAUGUUACAAAUGCACAGUUAAACAAGGACAGACACUCUUCAUUCCAUCAGGUUGGAUUUAUGCAACUCUAACACCCGUAGACUGCCUGGCUUUUGCAGGCCAUUUUCUACAUAGCCUAAGUGUUGAAAUGCAGAUGAGGGCGUACGAAGUAGAAAGACGAUUGAAAAUUGUCAGUCUGACCCAGUUUCCAAACUUCGAAACUGCGUGUUGGUAUAUGGGAAAGCAUCUACUAGAGACAUUCAAAGGUUUGCAUAAAGCCGGGCAACAACCUCCUGCUCAUUUACUCCAAGGAGCAAAAAUUCUCAAUGGUGCUUUCAGGUCGUGGACUAAAAAACAGGCUUUAGCAGAGCAUGAAGAUGAACUACCAGAAAACUUCAAACCAGCACAACUUAUUAAGGACCUUGCCAAAGAAAUAAGAUUAAGUGAGAAUGCUUCGAAAGCCAGCAAAGCAGACGUGAGUGCCAACACAACUGCCGAGGAGAUCUGUCCUGUGGAGAAGGAGGAGGCACCAUCACCCAUCGUCCAAGUGACGCCUCCACCCCCACCUGUAGAAAAGCUCCCUAAAAAAAAGACUCCCAAAACUGUGAAAACCCCCAAACAACUCAAGCCAUCCAAACCCCCCAAACCUCCCAAGCCACCCAAACCCCCUAAACCUCCCAAAACACCAAAAGUUAAGGGAGAAGGAAAAAAGAAAGGAAAGAAGGCAAAAGAGAGUCCACCGCCAGCCAUCCCGAAUCUCGACUUGCUGGAGGCACACACAAAGGAGGCUUUGACGAAGAUCGAGACGCCAAAGAAGGGAAAGGCUGCAAAGAAUGUUUUAAGUGUUCCCAAUAAAGAAGCUGCUAGCAAGCAGAAUGAGGUGGAGAAAUUUGAAGUUCGAGAGCAAAAUAAAAGCAAAACAGAAGCCAAAUGGAAAUAUAAGAACAGUAAACCUGAUUCACUUCUAAAAAUGGAAGAGGAACACAAAUCGGAAAAGACACCUUUAUCAGGAAAUAAGGACAACAAAUUUACAUUCUCUUUCUCUAAUAAAAAGUUGCUUGGUUCAAAGGGAGUCAAAACCCAGCUGAAUACUAGUGUGUUUGGGUCACUGCAGAAUUUUAAAGAAGAUAAAGCAAAACCUGUGCGAGACGAAUAUGAAUAUGUGUCAGAUGAUGGUGAACUAAAAAUUGAUGAGUUUCCAAUCAGAAGGAAGAAAAACACUACAAAAAGAGAACUGCCCUUUUUAUCAGAUAAAAAAGACACUCUGCAGCACACUCCUGUUAAGAAGCCAAAGGUGGAGUCGGUAUCAUACAAGAGUGAUGACUCAUCAGAUGAAGAUUUGCUUCACAUUGACACAGAGGCAAAGCCAGGGCGCAAUUCCAAAGUAAAGAAAGAGAGUGGAAGUUCGGCAGGAAUUCUUGAUCUUUUGCAGGCAAGCAAGGAAGUUGGGGGUUUAGAGUAUAACACCAACAG